UUCGUCUAUUUAUCUGUAUUGUACCUGGAAUAAUAUUUUCCCCACUGUAUUCACUUAAGUGUUGAGUGAAUGAUCAAUUCAGUUUUACAGUGUGCCAGGUGAUUCUGCAGAAAGCUCUGUGUCUGUCAGGGACCUGCCAGGAAGUCGAAUUACACUCAGGAGGUCAACUGCACAAGCUUUUGUGAGAGAACUACUUACUGAAGACGAAGGGAACGAGCAAGGGACGUUGAGGCACCCUCUACCGCCAGGACCCCUGAGUCAAAAGGGGUAAGUGCUCCAUAGCGGUGCACGGAGCCCAGUGAGAGCUGGGCCAGCUGGAGGAGGGACAGACGGACAGAGCUGUGACUGGCACAGCAGGCAGGAAAGAGGCGCAAGAGGAGUGAACACCCCAGUGUCCCCUGCUGCCCUCUGACCUCCUGCUGGGCCUCUCACUGGCUGAACCCAACUGGAAUACAGAAUGAUGGGGACACCCGUGUGGGGGGACAAAUGGAGAACAGCCAGCAUGGGAGAAACGUCUGGAGGCGUCUUAGUCCGUUCAGGCUGCUAUCACAGAAUGCCAUAGAACGGGUGCCUUGUAAGUAACAGAAAUUUAUUUCUCACAGUUCUGGAAGCUGGGAAGUCCAAGGUCAAGACGCUGGCAGAUUCAGUUUAUGAGGGCCUGCUUCCUGGUCCAUAGCUGUCUUCUCACUAUAACCUCUCACGGCAGAAGGAAGGAGGAGACCUGUUAUGAUGAUGUGUGUAGUCCUCACCACGCUUCCCAGCUUCGGCUUUUCUAUAGCAGUGACCGAGGUUCAAAAGAAUAUUAAUGGUUCCACUGGUAUCUUACCGGAUAUGUUACCUGACCUGCCAGUCUCUUUGGUUCUGACCUGCUUGAUUGUGGUUGAUAUUAUUGAAAAACUCAGGACAUAUCCUCUUAGAGGGAGGCAAAAGAGUAACGAAGACAGGCACAUCCACACGACCAGUUUGCCUCAAAUAAAAACUGUGACGGAUGAAUUGAGGCAUAACGAAGAAAACCUGACACCUUCACAGCCAGCUGAGAGGACCCGGUUGUCGUGGCUACCAGGAGCCACCACAGGGGGCUCGACUUCUGAGCUGGAGGGACCCCAAGAGCCCACCUUUGAGCGGGGAAUCCUGAGAACAAUGUCGCAGCGGGACAUGCGCGCUGAGAUCUUCCUCUGGAGCUUUCUGCUGUGGUCAGACACCAUAGAAAUGGUGCGGGUGGCCGGCCACCCCAACGUGUACAAGUCAGGCUGGGUCUACCCCGUCUACAUCUUCAGUUUCAUUUCUCUUCUUCGAAUGAUACUGACUCCCUGGAACCCGCUUCUGAAUUCCCUGGGCAUUGUGCUCCAGGAUCUACCCUUUAUCUUUGUUAGACUUAGUUUAAUCAUUGCCCUGGGAACGAUCACACCCAUCUUGGGCCUUUGUAAAAAUGUACUCGUGACUCUCUCUUAUGUUUACUUCAAUUACUUAAUCAAAUUCAGGAUUUUCUCUCCCUUUGAGAUGUCUUUUUAACAAGGAAAUGUCCCAUAGUCAAACCUCUUUGUUAUGCACAUGUGCACAUUUGUAAUCUUUUUGGGGGGCAGGGAUAAGUUUUUGCACUAUAGGAAGAAAUGAAGAAUAGAUGAUAGAGAAAAAAACUAUUUUUAAAAACUGUAGCAUGUCAAUUUUUUAAAUGUAUACAAAUGGUGCUAAAUUUAAGCAAAGUUAUAGUCUUCUAAGUUGGUUCGCCUUGAUCUCUAGAAAAUGUUAAUAGUUAAUUUUAGUUACGUAUUCUGCACUUUUUCUAAAAGCACCCUUCAAUAAAGCCUCUUAAAAAUUAGAACAUGUUUUCCCACUAAGUUAGUCCAAGAAUGAAAUUUUUUUAUUGUUUAUAUAAAGUA